CCGCCUGUCAGUUACAUUGUUACAUAGAGGAUAGAGCCACCACAGUGGCCCAUUUUUUUUUUUCAAUUAAUUUUAACAGUCGUGACUGACUUGUGAGAGACAGCAUUCGAACAAAUUCAGUAAACAAAAUUAUCAAUGAUUCUUCGCGGCAACUAAACAUCACCAACAUAGUGGAGACUUGUACGGUUUUUUUUUAAUUAAAAAAAAUCAAUCGGACUGAUUUGUAAUCAACGACUUUGACUAUUUAAACGAUUUUAAAACUGAGUGAUGUGUUUUUGUAUGUGAUUCAGUAUUUUUUUCACUAUCAACUGAAUAAAGUGUCGACUAUUUGACAAGACGGACAUUGCUGCACUUGGGCAGCCUAAGUCUGGAUUAAACCCCUGGAUACAUUUGAUAAUUGAACUUCUAUCACCCUUCGGCAAGCAUGUCGAUCGUCAUGCAAUAUGUGGAUCGAUUCCACGAGAUCUUGGACAAAAAUGCAGAUUCCCGGACGACCGAUUGGUUUUUAAUGAGUUCUCCCUUUCCCACACUAUUCGUAUGCCUGAGCUACGUAUACCUAGUCAAAGUUCUAGGCCCAAAGCUCAUGGAGAAUCGAAAGCCAUUUCAACUUAAAAAUGUCCUGAUUGCGUACAACUUCUUUCAAGUUAUUUUCUCAGCAUGGCUAUUUUACGAGAGCCUGAUGGGUGGCUGGUGGGGACACUAUAGUUUUCGCUGUCAACCAGUGGACUAUUCUAACAGCCCAACAGCCAUAAGGAUAGGAAUGUCCGGAUGGCUGACUGGGGACUAUUCACUAAGGUGUCAACCCGUAGAGUACAGCGACAAACCCCAAGUACUGAGGAUGGUCUACGCCAGCUGGUGGUACUACUUCUCAAAAUUUACAGAGUUCUUCGAUACGAUAUUCUUUAUACUUAGAAAGAAGAAUGAUCAUGUAUCGACUCUUCACGUUAUUCACCACGGAUGCAUGCCCAUGUCCGUUUGGUUUGGUGUGAAAUUCACUCCAGGUGGCCAUUCUACAUUCUUCGGUCUGUUGAACACCUUCGUUCACAUAAUAAUGUACGGAUACUAUCUCCUGGCUGCCCUGGGGCCCCAGAUGCAACCGUAUCUUUGGUGGAAGAAAUAUCUGACAGCCCUACAGAUGAUUCAGUUUGUAGCAAUAAUGAUCCAUGCAUUCCAAUUACUUUUCAUCGAGUGUAACUAUCCAAAAGCCUUCGUCUGGUGGAUUGGCCUUCACGCUGUUAUGUUCUUCUUCUUGUUCAACGAAUUCUACAAACAGUCCUAUGCUAACAAGAAAACAGGAAGGAGUCGAGCAAAAAAUGCUGCAAUGGCCGCUGUAACAGCAGCCACUGGUGCAUGUAUGGCCAAUGGCCUGCCAAAUGGUAAAGAACAAAAUGGUACUCAAAUCAAGAGGCGAGAUGCUGCUGAUUACUACGUCAAGGGUGAAAGCAUUGCUGCCAGUGAAAUGAAUCUUCGUAAACCAUAUGCUGCAACUGAGUGACCUUAUUUCAUAGUAACAAUCAUCAUUUUAUCACAAAUCAUUUGGGAUUUAUAUCUAAGAAUGUCACAAAAUCUAUUCUUCGAACAAGUGUCUCUAGCAUUGGAAGAUUAUCGUUGUUGAACAAUUUGCUACAAAUCUGUAGUUUCAUCUUAUAAAGACUGUGAAUUUUUUUUUUUAGUAAAACAACAUGCAGGAAAAUUAUCAGUCUCGGAUUGAGCACACCAUGAGGGAUUUCCCCAUUCUUCUUGCCACAUUAUGUAUAUUUAUAUAUAAUGUUUAUAUACACUAUAUAAAUUUUUUAAUGGACAAAAUGAUUGGGGAAUGAUUGAUGAUCUUAAUAAUGAAGAUGAAAGAUUGUGAAAAAUAAAUAUUGUACAUAGUUAGUGAUAAUUUUUUUUUUUACUGUUAUCAGUAAAAAUGAGAUAGUAUAGGCUCAACGAUGCUCAAUAAUGACAUUGGAUAACAUACGCGAGUUCUCGUAAUGCCCUUAACAUGUGUUAAUUUAUGAGAAGAUUUUUCUAGGUGUUUUUGUACACUCUUUCCAUUGAAACGAAAUAUAGAUCAAGUAGAGUUAUUUGUUUGGAGAGGCCGAUAUACAUAAAUUAAUUUUAUGAGCGGCACUUGUACAUAUGUUUAAAUCUAACGGCAUACGUCUACCAAACAUGGGAUUACAAGGGGAUUUUUUUUUCUUGAUUUAGACUUCUUUCUUACGGAUGAUCAUAAGGGACUGGCAUUUUUCAUUGUCUCAUUUGAAUGUACUUCGAACAAAAAUCCCGACGAUGUCUAUGUUUUUUCUAGGACAUUUGGAUAAUUAGACUAUUUAGGAUAUUUCGGGUCAAGUUAUAUGUAAUUAGACAAUCAAUAAAAUGUUUUUUUAAGAAAAUCUUUGAUAAUUUUCAUCAUUGUUAGGCAAAUUAUUUUUAUUAAUAAAUUUGUAGCGAUUGUUGAUUAUAUUUGAAUGAAAAUAGCUAUGACACUGACAUGAAUUAAUAAAAUUUAUUAUAAACUA